GCAGCGCUGUGGCUGCAGAGCAGCUCUCAUGUGCUUCGCUUUCACGCUGCUCAAACAGGAUGUAGCGACUGAGACAGACAACCAAGAGAAAAAGGAAUAGAAUUAGAUAAAAAAAAAAAAACUAGACAUUGCGAUGUGACAUCCAGCAGUCACUCAGACAGAGAUGAGCGCAGCAGCAGCGGAGGAGUGGAAGAAGACAGGAGGAGUCCCGGCGAGGCAGCUCAGCGCCGGCAGGUCUUGACGGCUGCUGACCUGAGACACCCAACCCCGCCGAAAACGCGACACAUAAGCCUAAAAUCCCUCCACCUAAACCGACCAUGGCGGGCCAGAACGACUGCUGCGUAAAGGUGGCGUUGAGGAUUCGUCCUCAAAUGGCCAAAGAGAAGAUCGAGGGCUGCCACGUCUGCACACUGGUCACACCUGGAGAACCGCAGGUCCUCCUGGGAAAGGACAAGGCGUUCACCUACGACUUUGUGUUUGAUAUAGAGUCGGAGCAGCAGCACAUCUACCAGUCCUGCGUGUACAAGCUCAUCGAAGGCUGCUUAGAGGGCUACAACGCCACCGUGUUUGCUUAUGGUCAGACGGGCUCGGGGAAGACCUACACCAUGGGGACCGGCUUCGAUGUGAACCUGGCCGUGCAGGAGCAAGGCAUCAUCCCGCGGGCGGUUCACCAGCUGUUUGAGGGGAUCCAGAGCCGGAGGGAGCGAGCCCAGGAGGCCGGCAAUCAGCCGCCCGAGUUUAAAGUCAGCGCCCAGUUCCUGGAGUUGUACAAUGAGGAGAUCCUGGACCUGUUUGACGGAGGCAGAGACCCCGAGAUUCGCAGCCGGAAGUCUAACAUUAAGAUCCACGAGGACGCCAGUGGCAGCAUCUAUACCACGGGAGUCACUUCCAGACUGGUGCACUCUGAAGAGGAGCUGCUGCAGUGCCUGAAGCUGGGCGCUCUUUCCCGCACCACAGCCAGCACGCAGAUGAAUGCCCAGAGCUCCCGCUCGCACGCCAUCUUCACCAUCCAUCUUUGUCAAAUGAGAGUCUGCCAACAGCUGCAAAUGAAUGGAGGCGGGGAGAGCGGAGAGGUGAACGGUGUGGACUCUGGUCCCAUCACUCAGCCAGAAUAUGAGACGCUGAUGGCCAAGUUUCACUUCGUGGACCUGGCUGGCUCUGAGAGACUGAAACGCACAGGGGCCACGGGGGAAAGGGCCCGGGAGGGAAUCUCCAUCAACUGUGGACUGCUGGCUCUGGGAAACGUGAUCAGCGCUUUAGGUGAUCAGAGCAAGAAAGGAGGACACGUCCCAUACCGGGACUCCAAACUCACGCGACUGUUACAAGACUCACUGGGAGGCAACAGCCACACAAUAAUGAUCGCUUGCGUCAGCCCGUCGGACCGUGACUUCAUGGAGACUCUGAACACCCUGAAGUACGCCAAUCGCGCCAGGAACAUUAAGAACAAGGUGGUGGUGAACCAAGACAAGACCAGCCAGCAGAUCAGCGCCCUGCGUGCAGAGAUAGCCCGGCUCCAGAUGGAACUGAUGGAGUACAAGGCGGGAAAGCGUGUGGCAUGCGAGGAUGGUUCAGAGGGCUACAGUGACCUGUACCAGGAGAACGCCAUGCUGCAGAGAGAGAGCGACACGUUGCGGCUCCGAGUAAAGGCCAUGCAGGAAACCAUCGACCACCUAAACGCCCGUGUGACUCAUCUGCUGGCCAACGAGGUCAGCACGCUACUCACCAAAUCAAGUGAAGGCAACGAGGAGAUCGGGGCUCUGGUUCAUAACUAUAUCCAAGAAGUUGAAGGACUCAGGACCAAACUUCUUGAGAGCGAGUCCAUGAACGAGUCGCUGCGACGGCAGAUGACUCGCCUGUCUUGUCGUUCCCCCUUCCCGACCUCUGUGCUGAGCCCGGCCCCCGGUCACCCCCCCGGCUCCUCUCCCGCGCCCAUGUCCAUGGAGGCGGAGAUGACUGACGUGCUGCGGCGAGCCAAGAUGGACAUCGAGAGGCUGAAGAAGAAAGAGAGGAGGCAGCGAAGGAUGAGUCCAGAGAUGGAGAAAGGCCUGAAGAAGCGAGUAAAACUGCACACUCAGGAGAACGGAGAGAACCGGCAGAGCGGUGAGAACGGUCAGAAUGGAGAGAUCGACUCAGAUGACAAUUUCGCCGAGGACGUCAUGUCUCCGCUGCAGGAGGAGAGUGGCUGCGACGAAGAUGAGGAGGAGGAGGAAGGCAGGGAGGAAGAAGACGAUUUCGACAGUGACGAGAGUCUGGUGGAUUCGGACUCUGAUUCGGAGGACAAAGCCAACUUCCAGGCUGAUCUGGCGGACCUGACCUGCGAGAUUGAGAUCAAGCAGAAGCUGAUAGACGAGCUGGAGAACAGCCAGCGGAGGCUGCUGAUGCUGAAGCUGCAGUACGAGGAGAAGCUCAUCCUGCUGCAAAACAAGAUCAGAGACACGCAGCUGGAGAGAGACCGCGUGCUGCAAAACCUCAUGUCCAUGGAAAAUUACACGGAAGAAAAGGCCAACAAAAUCAAACAGGAGUACGAGAAGCGGCUGAAGGAGAUGAACCGAGACCUGCUGAAACUGCAAACUGCACAGAAGGAGCACGCGCGUCUCCUCAAGAACCAGGGGAGGUACGAACGGGAGCUGAAGAAACUCCAGGGCGAGGUCAACGAUAUGAAGAAAGCCAAGGUGACGCUGAUGAAGCAGAUGAAGGAGGAGCAGCAGAGGAGGAGGAUGGUGGAGGCCAAGAGGAACCGGGAGAUCGCGCAGCUCAAGAAGGAGCAGCGACGACAAGAGUACCAAAUCCGGGCGCUGGAGUCUCAGAAGCGGCAGCAGGAGAUGGUGCUCCGCAGGAAAACCCAGGAGGUGACCGCCCUUCGUCGCCUGGCCAAGCCCAUGUCUGAUCGUGUGGCCGGACGCGUGGCCCGCUGGAACACGAGCCCCCCGGCUACGGACUCUGGAGCCGAUUUUUCGGCCAGCACCACGGCGAGCAGCUCUGAACCCGAGACCGGCAGGUCUGUGAGUGGGUUGGUGCGGCACUGGAACAACAAGAACAACGUGUACGGAUACCUGGGAGAGAGCGAGGGGAGUGUGGACGGCACACGGGUCAUCGGGGGCAGAAAGAAGUUGCAGCGUAAACCAGCAGGACUGGGCAGCACUGCAGCUGCAGGCAGAGCCAAUAGUUUCUCCAAGUCAGCCCGUCAGAAGUGGCAGGCCCUCGAGCGUCGCAUAAUGGAUAUCGUCAUGCAGAGGAUGACCAUCUCCAACGUGGAAGCUGACAUGGAUCGCCUCAUUAAGAAGCGAGAGGAGCUGACGGCCCAGCAGGAAGCGCUUUCACACAAGAGGGAGGUAUUGAUGGCCGAAGGGGAGGGACCAGAGGCCGAAGACCGCCUGCUUCAAGAAAUUAGUGAGGAGAUUGAAGUGCUCAAUGCCAAUAUAGAUUACAUCAAUGACAGCCUGUCUGAUUGCCAGGCCACCAUCGUGCAGAUAGAGGAAACCAAGGAUGAGCUGGACUCGGUGGACACCUCAGUGGUGAUCAGCUCCUGCUCCCUGGCUGAAGCACGCCACCUGCUGGACCACUUCCUGAAGGCAUCCAUAGACAAAAGUUUACAUGUGGCUCAGAAAGAGGCUCAGAUCCGACUGCUCGAGGGCCAGCUGAGGCAGACGGACGUGAUCGGCUCGUCUCACAAUCACAUGAUCCUCGAUGCCCUGCGUGAAAAGGCUGAAUACAUCCCCGAGCUCCAGGCUCUCAUACACAAUGUUCAACAGGAGAACGGUUACACCAGCACAGACGAGGAGCCGUCUGAGUUCAGCCAAGCCUCCGACUGCAGUGUGUCUCAGAUUAAGGAAUCCAACAGCCAAGAUGAUUUCAAAGUAAAGAUGGAGCCUCGUCUGUCAGCCCAGAUGAAGGCGGUGUCGGCAGAGUACCUCGGCCCAAUCCUGGACCCGUCAUCAGGCGGGAAACUGCAGCACGUCACCAAGUCUCUGGCCUCGCUGACGGACAUCCAGGAGGACGGCCUGAGUCUUGUUCCAGGGAGUCUGGGACUGAGUCUGACCUUCAGAGACACUUACCACAAGGACCGGGCAUCCCGCACCAUCAGCCUGCCCGUUAGGGGACACACCUUUCCUAGGCAGUCUCGGGGUUAUGACACAUCCCCGAUUACGCGAAGGAAGUCUUAUGACCGUGCAUACAGGCCCACUGACGGCUACACUCCUCCGUCCUCCCCUCCUCUGAGGACCAGGAAUGACCGCAAUGUCUUCUCAAGGCUCACCAGCAACCAAAGCCAAGGUUCAGCUCUGGACAAGGGAGUGAUCAAUCCCAUCGGGGGUGUGAAGGGGGGUCGGACGGCGCCCCUGCAGUGUGUGUCUGUAGCCGAGGGCCACUCCAAGCCGGUCCUGUGUGUCGAUGCUACAGACGAGCUGCUGUUCACUGGAUCUAAAGACCGGACUUGUAAAAUGUGGAAUCUGGUGACGGGUCAGGAGAUCGCCACCCUCAAAGGCCACCCAAACAACGUAGUGUCAGUCAAAUACUGUUCCUCCUCCGGCCUGGUCUUCUCCGUCUCCACUUCCUACAUCAAAGUUUGGGACAUCCGUGACUCUGCAAAGUGUAUCCGAACUCUCACGUCAUCGGGGCAGGUGGUUUCAGGAGACGCGUGCGCCGGCACAACCACCCGCACAAUAACCUUCGCCCAGGGCGAGUGUCAGAUCAACCAGAUCGCUCUCAACCCGACAGGCUCCGUACUGUACGCCGCUGCUGGAAACAUCGUCCGCAUGUGGGACCUCAACAGGAUGCAAGCAAUGGGGAAGCUGACAGGCCACAUUGGCUCCGUCAUGUGUCUGACAGUGGGACAGUCUCUGCUGGGCAAAGACCAAGUCAUCACUGGCUCCAAAGAUCAUUAUGUGAAGGUGUUUGAUGUGGCAGAGGGAACUCUGGGUAACGUAGGGCCAGCUCAUAACUUUGAGCCACCGCACUAUGAUGGCAUUGAAUGUUUGGCCGUCCAAGGAGACGUGCUGUUCAGCGGUUCCAGAGACAACGGCAUCAAGAAGUGGGAGCUGGAGCAACAGGAGCUGACGCAGCAAAUCCCAAACGCCCACAAGGACUGGGUGUGCGCCCUGGCAUAUGUGCCUGGCAGACCCAUGCUGCUGAGCGCCUGUCGGGGCGGCAUGCUGAAGGUGUGGAACGUAGAUAACUUCACACCCAUCGGAGAGGUCAGAGGCCACGACAGCCCCAUUAACGCCAUCUGCACCAACUCCAGGCAAAUCUUCACCGCUUCCAGUGACUGCAGGGUGAAGUUGUGGAACUAUGUGCCGGGCUUGACCCCGUGUCUCCCUCGUCGGGUCCUGGCCAUCAAGGGCCGAGCCACCAGCCUCCCAUGACUGCCUGUCCUCUGCUCACCAACCCUCCUCUCCUCUGUGACAAGACGGUGAAGAUCUGGCUGUCAAAGGUGUGGAGGAAGAGGUGAGAAACAAAGUGACUGCGGGAUCCUUUGUCAGCCAUUUUGCUGAAACUUCAGCCGCCAAUCUGUGACCUGCUCACUUAAAGCGAUGAGAUGCGACGCCCGAGUCGCAGUUUCCAAGGCAAUCAAGCUGCAGAAAUUGUAGUCGAAGCUGAAUCGUGUUGAGGGGGGGGAAAAAAUCAAAAAAACAAAGGAAAGAAAAAACAUAAAGAAAUGCCUUUCAGAUUUUUUUACUGCCAAUUUUGAAAAUGCCAUUCAGACAUGGUGCUACUUCAACAAAAGAAGAAAAAAAGAGAGACUGCAUCUGACUAGAGAAAACAAUUUCUCACCUGACAUGAAAGCUACUGUAGCACCUGAAGCCUGGUAUUAAAUGAAAGUGUCCUUGUGUUCUUUCACCAAGGUUUUAGAAGGUGAGAGAUCUGUUGGGUUUCUGCUCCUGCGUGAAUGAGAUCUGUCAUCACUGCUGUUCUGACGUUCAACACAUUAGAUAAUCAUGUCAUGUGUCAAUUUGUGUAAAAUAUCUUUACACAAAUUGGUUAGUAUUUUUAUUCUGUUUAAAUGUAUAGCAAAACUUUUAUUUACAGGAGUUGCAUUAUUAUUUUUAUUGUUAAUUUAUUGUUUUCCCUACCUCACCUGUUUGGACUUUAGCUUGAGGCUGGCGGGAACAUUUUCACGGGUCUCUGUGUGCAAACACUUGGUGCUUUUACGUUUUUGCGGCUGUUAUUUAAUGCCAGGCUCUUGGUGUGUCCUCUGCGGCCUUCCGGCUCUCGGGCCUUCUAGCUGCUCACCUCGCAGACGAAAUCAAAUGCCGUGUAGCGGCAGCUACAGCCGUCCCGGGGGACUCGACCGGAACGCAUCAUCUGCUCUGUAAAGUGCCAACUGCGGCUGAAAUCAGAAACACCUGUGCAGAUGUUGCUCAUCACACAGUUGUGAGAUCGGUACUGCUUUCAGGCCGGAGUGCCAGAUCGUGGCUCACACCUGCCAUCUACCCUUCAAGCGGGUGGUGCAGGAGCCAUGCGGCUUUCCCUCUGCUCGCUUUCCUCUCCGCUCUGAUGUUUAAGGUCAAGUGUUAGUCCGGCCAGCCUAACCGAGGCGUUUCGCCCUGUUCCCAGCUACUGAGCCUCCCUUGGAAGCCAGUUUAAUUAGAGAGCGCAGCUCUAGCAGCUGCCUUUCAUGCAAGAUUACUUGAGUGGAAGUAGGUCAUCACUGAGAGGGUUUCUUUUUUUUUAUUAAAAUCCCAAUUUUUUUUUUCCACCCACUAUUUUGCUGCUAUACUUACAAGCAGGAACAAACUUCAUGUCCCUGCACACUGAUGUACAAAUCUGUUUAUGUGGCAGAUUAUGUGUGUGGGCAAGGCGCAUAUGUACUGUAUAAGCAAAUCUAAGAUUUGACUGGAUGUUUCAGUUAUCCAUCUCGUCUGAUAGGUCCUGACAUCUCUCACCGUCUUGAUUUAGUGUUUCUUUAAUGAAACAAAUUCAGUGCUCCACUUUUGCCCACGCAUGCGUGCACCUACAGGCAACAUUGAGUCUUAAAAGUCAGUUUCAAUUAGGUUUUCUUAGUUUUUCCUCAUAUGACACACGUGAAUAGUAAAAAUAGCUUUACAUGAUGAGCGACGAGCUGCAUUUUUAUGCUACCCGUCGCAAGAUUGGCUUAUUGUUCGAUGAAAAGCCCCGUUAGUUCGGUUUUGUUCAUCUCAGUAAUAUUGCUCCCCCUGUCGAUAUGAAUAAUAAUUUGCUGAUUUAAUGCACUUUUCUUCAUGAAAGACCCAGAGAUGUACAGCAUGUAAUUGAAUUAAAUGUCUCUCGGAUCCUAAAACAGCAUUCGAAGGGAUCUGGCAGAAGAAGGAAAAAAAAACCAACUUUGAUGAAGCUUCCUCUAAUCUCUGCUCUAAUAAAUGUCGCGCUGCUGUUUCAUGUGUCCAACAUGAGUCCGAAGCUGCUUAAACACGCCAAAAGCAAUUUUGAAAGUUUUAGUGUUUUUACUUUUUUCCUUGGGAGGUCCUAAAUGGCUGUUAUGAAUGCAAACGUGGAUUUUGUUGACAUGACGACACAUUUUACGGAGUAGUAUUUUGCUAUGAGAAACUCAGGUAAAGGUUGGUGGGUAAUUUCAGUCAUACUUUAGUCAGAACUUGACCCUGUGAAUUUAGAUAGCUUUUUGAAUCAACCAAAUGCCUUGUUUGUGAGAUUUUUCUUUCUUUUUUUUCCCUACUUGGCUAAAAAUGGUACUGUUUGUGUUUUACCCCUUCCCCCUCUGUUUUUGUGAAAUAUUCAUUUCUAUGUACUAUGCUUUAUGUAUUGCAAAAAUGUAAACAUUUCAAAUGAGAUCUGCCCAAUCUGGCCAAAGCUGAUAGGCCUAGCGACUCUUAAGAAUAUGUGCACUGAUUUUUGGACCACGAUUCCUUGUUUAAAGUCUUGGAACAUCUGGAAUCUGUAUGAUAAUUUGCCUAUAAAACUGGAGUCACUGGUAUAAAAUGUAAUCUGUGGGGAAAUGAACUCCCAUAACAUAAUGGGAUGUAUGUUUUGGCUCCACUGGGGCCGUCAUUGCAUUUACUUGUGCCAAUUAUCCGAACCGACCCUGCUCACCAGUCCAGUGACGUUUCAUGGUAAUGUAUAAACAGCCUUCAUCUCCAUUUUUCUAGCUUCUCCAGACUCGUACCUAUGGUUAGCAAAUCCUAUGUAGUGACGUAGCUUUAGGCACCGUCCGUUGUGCCCCGUACUUGUACAUUUGCUGAAGGACGUGUAACGCCAGUUGUGGCGCAUCUUGAGCGGGCGAGUCAUUCAUCCAUGUUUUGGGAAUCUACUGACAAGAAUUAACACCUGAAUAGAUCUGUAAAAUCAUAGGAAGGAUGUGGUUGUUUCUGGACCUUGAAGCACAGUCAGUCAGUUAAACACACUUGAUGUUUGUUUACCUGGAAGAGUUACUUUAACCACAUAGAAGACCCAAAUCAUUUCCCGGUCUUGGAUCAGCCCGAUCCAAACUGAGUCCACUCCGAGACCUGUACUUGAGCAUAUGUACCCAUUACUUGAUGACCUGUAAAUAGUUUUGUAAUAUCUAUUUAUAAAUGUUACACAAGACAUGUAGUUGAGGUCAGCUGACUUCUUUGUCGCUAGCUGGCCUCAAUUUGAUAUCUGCAAGUAAGGAUUUACAUGCACUUUGGAAAACAGACGUGGCUGUGAACGUUGGAGGCGCCGCUGUUUUUCCAAAUAUAAAUUUAAGCCAUAUUUUAGACUUAGUUUACAGAAAAUAAUCGUGAGCCUAAACGAGGCUUAAACUGCUGACAUUGUAUUGAACACAGCACAUCUGUUUGAAUCUACAGUAGGGUUAGAGAUGAACAACGUCACUGUUCCUGCUGAAAUGAGGUGUAAAAUAGUUCAGACAAAAAAAAGACUGUCAUCUGCUUUUUAAAGUCUAAUUUUGUCGUAACUUGAGAAUUAGAAUGUUAACUUUUGGCAGAGCAGCAUGGAAGUGUUUGUAGAUGCUCAGGAGACUCCCACGAUAAAUGGUUCGUGCUCAUCGGCUGCCUCUGAAACUGCCUUCUACGCCAGCAGCAUAUACUGAUUUGACCGAAAAUGUUUUCUGUAUUAUGUAGUAUUGGGAAAUAAAUCAACAUUCCCAUAUCACAAAAUGCUUCUAUGUAGUACUGAUGAAGAAAAAAAAAAUCUUUAAUAUAGAUUGCCACAAGCGUGGGAAUUAUGGAUGUUUAUCCACUUCUUGCCCUUUUUUUUUUUUUUUUUUGUAAGUCCAUAAACGAGGAGUAAACAGUAGUAACUGAUGCUUGUUUGUAAUGCGUAGUUGGCAGUUUCAAACACAGCUUAUGUGUAAAUGUUCAGCACUGGGGGUCCCUGCGGUAGUAUGGAAGGAGAAAAAGAAGUGCUCAACAACAAUACAUACUACUGUGUGUGUGGAAACAGUGAAUUUCCCAUUUGCUAAGCCUCACCCCCCCGAGUUACGGCUGAUAAAGACUUCAUCUGUUCACAAAGCACAUUAAGUUCAUAACGACUGCAGUGCAAAAGCUGUGUAUGAAAUGUAGAUGGUCUGUUGUUGCAGAAGCCAGAAUCACUCUUGAAAUAGGAUAAAGCAGACACAGCCGUCCAAAUGUCCUAUAAAUGAAUUGUACAAGCCACUUCAGCGUCUCGAGAGUUUGUCUGUUUCACAAACCCUGCUUUGCUCAGUUGCAUGGACUAAAGAAGGAUUUGUCUUUCACCAUCUGGUGUGUGGUUUAACAAAUGGUUGAUUACAAUAAAAGACACAAAGUCAUUCCGCCAAUCAACAGAUUCUGUGUUACCGACUCUAAAACUGAACAUCUAAUGACCUGUAAAAAAAAAACAAACCCCAACAACCCCUGAGUAGUCAGUAUCUCAGCGUAAGCCUCAUGCCUCAGCCGACAGGCUCGACUGCCUUAUAAAAGCAGAAAGUGUAUGCGGGACGUAGAUAAUCAGUCACCAUAAGUCUUGACUCAGUAACAGACCAACUUUGAGGAUUGUAGAUUGUCCUUCAGUUCUGCUCAAGACCAGUCGGAGUCUGUUUCUUUUCUCAUGAUGGCAGAAAAGACUUCCAGUUUGCCUCGGGCUGCUGGCGACACGGUACUGCAUUUAGAUACGAUCCUGAGGGCUCUUGAUCAAGAGGGCACUUCACUGCUCUGCUGCUUGGCAGGGGAAAUCUGUCACACUCCAACACACGCCGUCUCUGCAGCUGCUCCAGUAGAUUUUCUCAAGGUGCAUGUUGUAUUGUUAACGCAACAUGCAACAAUGUCUGUGAAAUAUGAAUUUUGAGACACAAAUGCAGGGUCAAAGGUCAUUUGUGCCUUUUAUUGCACAGACUACUCCCUCUUGUGAAUAUGUGUACAGUUUUUGUUUUUUUUAUAUCUGCAUGUACUCAAGCCAUGUAAAAUGAUUCAGCUGAAGGAAAAAAAAACAGGAAAAAAGAAAUGGAAAAAAAUGUAAAUGAAUAUUUAAUGAAGGAUCCAUUGUUCCCUCAAGGAAAUAAAUCAGUCCAAAACAACUGCUUUUGGGUCUUAUGGUUUAAUGAU